CCAGUGGCCAACACCAUUGCGCAAGCGACAGAAGACAUGGGUAAAGGAACGGAUAAACUCUACAUCACCCAUUCUGAAUGGGCCUCCGAAGAUGCAUACUCAGCCAGCGCUGGCGCUGGAGUUUCUAGUUUGAAGAAAGGCGGCGCCACACAUGUCUCUUUCAAACGAUUACCAUUUAACUUCUGCUCGCUGUCGCUUCAACCAUUCAAUCACCCAGUUUGUACGGCGACAGGUACGACAUUUGAUUUGACGAAUAUCCUGCCAUGGCUGAAGAAACACGGUACCAACCCCGUUGACGGAAGUCCGCUUAAAAGUGCCGAUCUGAUUAAAUUGAAUUUUGCAAAGAACGAGGCGGGCGAAUAUGUCGAUCCGGUCACUUUCAAAGUUUUCACGGAUAACACGCACAUUGUCGCUUUGCGACCGUCGGGGAAUGUUUUUGCAUGGGAUACUGUAGAGAGAUUAAAUGUCAAAGCGAAGAUGUGGCGCGACUUGGUUACGGAUGAGGAAUUUGGUCGGAAGGAUAUCAUCACGUUGCAGGAUCCGCAAAACGUUGAAUCCAGAAAUCUCAGUUCAUUCAAAUACAUCCAAGAUGGCGAGAGCGGGUUAUCAGAUGAGCAGAUGCGCGAACGGAAUGACCCGGCAAAUAACGUGAAUUUGAAUGCGAUGGGCAGUUCUGCCAAAAUCCUCAAGGCGAAAGAGGCGGUUGCGCGGGCUCGUGCGGAGCGAGAAGGCCAACAGAUUAUGACUAAAGGUGGUGCUAAGGAUGCAAAAACACUAGCUACCAAGUCGAAAUCGACGACAAAAUCCCACCAGCCGACCAAAGCUGUCCCAUAUAACGCUGCUAGACAUACGACAGGUCUUGCAGCGGCAUCUUUCACCAGUACCGGAUUGACUCCCCACACUGCGGCCGAGCUGGCCACCCUCACAGACGAACAAUAUAUGCUGAAGCGAGGACGAGUUAAAGGCAAGGCUUACGCGCAAAUUUCAACGACAAUGGGCGACCUCAACCUGGAGCUGCACACGGAAUAUGCACCCAAGGCGGUUUGGAAUUUCAUCCAUCUCGCUAAAAAAGGAUACUAUAAAGAUGUCAUUUUCCACCGCAAUAUUAAAGGAUUUAUGAUCCAAGGAGGAGACCCUACCGGGACAGGGCGCGGUGGUGAGAGUAUCUGGGGCAAGAAUUUCGAUGACGAAUUCGACGGCCCUUUCAGACAUGAUGCUAGGGGUACUCUCAGCAUGGCAAAUAAAGGGAAAAAUACGAAUAGCAGUCAAUUUUUUAUUGCUUACCGGGCUCUACCACAUCUGAACAAUAAGCAUACCGUCUUUGGGCGCAUCAUUGAAGACCCAUCGCCCUCAUCAAGGACCCUCAAUGCCAUGGAAGUAGCGCCGGUCGACUCGACAAGCAACCGACCCACUACAGAUAUCCGCAUCAAAGAUGUAACCAUCUUCGUCGACCCUUUUGAAGAAUUUAUGAUUCAACAAAAACUACAAAGCACGGAAGGUAGCACCGCAGCCGAAACCCCCAGCAAGCAAGAAGCACCACAGGACGUCGACGAUGAUCAGGUGACAUGGACAGGUAAACGGGUGCGCGGUCUCCAUAGUUCAAAGACGUCUGGUACGGCGAAUGCUGGGGGCGUAGGCAAAUAUUUAAAAGCGGCAUUGGCUGAGCAAAACACGAGAAGGGGCACAACAGAUGAUGAGAUUGUCGAGUUUGUGGACGAUAAUGAGCCUGAACCAGUGGAGCAUACGCGGAAAAAGUUUAAGUCCAAAGGCGGGUUCGGGAAUUUCGAAGGGUGGUAGCCUGUGUGUGCAAUUAGGAUCAUUUUAUAGAUAAUAUCACAGAAUGUGAAGCCGCCAAGUAGUACCUAAUUUUAAAUCAAUGACUGAAGAACA